UUGGAACGACAAAUCAUUGAUAAACUUCGAAGUAAUUCUGGAAAUAAAGGAUAUUGGCAGGAUUUGAAAGAGCAAUUAAAUGUGUAUAUUGCGAGAAAAAGACUUCGUGAAAAUCAUGGAAAAAUGUUGCGAUUGAAAUUGGCAAGAAUUCGAGAAGAACAAAUGAAAGAAGUUCAAAUGGCUGAUACUACGAGACCACAAAAACGAAUUUUGCCGAAAAAAGAAGAAUCGGAUGAUGAUGAAGUUGAUGAAUCGGAUGAACAACAAAAUGAAAAAUUGUCGAAGAAAGUGAGAAGAAAAGUUGAUAUUAGUGAACUCGACAAUCCUGAACUUGAUGAUGAACAAAAGGAAAGACAGUGGAGAGCAUUGACAAAUGAGCAAUUGGAAGAAGCAACACUGGAAUUAUUCAAUUUAGGAUGUUAUAGUCCGGUUUAUAGUGGUUUUGAUGAUGUUAUGCCUGGAAUUGAGAUUAUUGAUGCACAAACUGAUAUGGAGAUUUUGAUGGAGAAACGAGAAAGUAAUAGGAAAAAACCGGAUGGUGUAGCAAAUGUAAGUUUCCAUAUUUUCUAUAUAAUUUAAUUUUGAUUUCAUUGUUUUCCCAGGAUUCUGACGCAAAAAUGAUUGCGAUUGCUCGAAAAGGAAUGGAAGGCGACGAGGCGACAUUCUCUGUUGAAGAACAAAUUGAAACGCAAAAACAUUUGUGGUCGGAUAAAUAUCGACCGCGUAAACCGACGUAUUUGAAUCGAGUUCAAACUGGAUUCGAUUGGAACAAAUACAAUCAGACACAUUAUGAUAUGGAUAAUCCGCCACCGAAAAUUGUGCAGGGAUAUAAGUUUAAUGUGAGUGUUUUUUGAGGGAUUUUUGAUAUAAAACUGAAAAUUCUAGACCUCGAAAAUUAGAGGUUUGCCACUUACAUUGCCUAAAAAAAUGAUUCAGAAAAGUGUAACUCUGAAAUCUUCUUUUAAAAUAUUUCGGUCUGUUAUUUUGGCUUCUGAAUUUGCCACGGCAUCACUUUUUUUUUGGAAAAUAAUAUCUCACAAUCAGGCUUACUUUUAAUCCUCUGAGAAAUUCAAGACCUCAAAAAUGGCAGCUUUGCCACGUCACAAAAAAUGUUUCAGAAAAUUUUUGCCCUAAAAUUCCUGAAAAAUUUUCGAAGUAGUUCAAACUUCUUCUAUCAAAUACACAUUUUCCAAAUCAACACAACCUUCGCAAUUUUCCAGAUCUUCUACCCCGAUCUCCUGGAUCCAACAAAAACUCCAACCUUCACCGUAACCCCCUGCGAUGAUCCAGAUUUUGCUGUUGUUCGAUUCAAAGCCGGUCCUCCGUAUGAAGAUAUUGCGUUCAAAGUUGUGAAUCGAGAAUGGGAGAUUUUGCAUAAAAACGGUUAUAAAUGUCAAUUUCAAAAUGGCGUGUUUCAAUUAUGGUUCAUGUUCAAAAAGUAUCGCUACAGACGAUGAUUAUUUUUUGUUUGUAAUAAAUUUAUAUUUUAUUUUCAAUUUUUAAUUUUUUUUUCAAUAGAAAGGUUUUGAAAACCAAUAAUCAAUAUUUUGUUGCGUUGUAUUUAUUGCAAAAAUGUUUUUAUUUUUCAAAUUUUUAUAGAUCUAAUGCGAAUAUGAGAAUAUUGUUUGAUCCACCGCAUAUCAUUUGGAAUGAUAUUCGAAAAUGGUUUUUCAUUUAUAAUGCGACGGGUUUUCGAGUUCUUGCCAUCGCAACUUUGAUCAUCGAAUUCUUCUUGUCGAUUUUUGUUAUUAAUUUUGUAAAUUGUGAGUUUUUUUGGCGGGAAAAUGGGAAAAAUUGGAACAUCCUGUCAAAAAUUAAUUUUUCUAAUGUAAAAUGUGUUUUCCAGACACUGAAAUUGACUGGUCCACAUAUAUGCAACAAGUCGAAUGUGUCUCCCAAAAAGGAAUCUUCAAUUAUUCGCAAAUUGGAGGAGACACUGGUCCUUGUGUUUAUCCGGCUGGUCAUCUAUUCAUCUUUCAAGUUUUGCACUUUUUAACGAAUGGCGGCAAAAGUAUUCUUAUUGCACAGUACAUUUUCAUGAUUUUAUAUAUAAUCAAUUUGGCUUUAGUCUUCCGAAUCUUGUAUAAAACUAAUCGAGUGAGUGUUUUUUUGAGAAAGAGAUCACUUAUUUAGAAAUAAAAUAUUUCAGAUUCCUCCAUUCGUUGUGCUUCUUUGUUCAGUUACUGGUUAUCGUAUUCAUUCCAUUUUUAUGCUUCGAUUAUUCAAUGAUCCAAUCGCGAUGCUCCUUUUCUAUGCCGCUUUCAAUUUCUUUAUUGAUUACAAAUGGGUCCCUGGUUGUGUUCUUUAUAGUCUUGCGGUUUCAAUCAAAAUGAACGUGUUGUUAUUUGCUCCGGCAAAGUUUUUCAUGCUUGUGCUGAAUGUUGGAUUUGCGACCACAUUUGGAUAUAUCGCAUUGUGCGCGUGAGUUUUUAGAGGGAAAAAAUUGUUCUAGGUUUUUUUUGAUUUUUAAGUUUAGAAAAACUUUACUUGUAAACUUUUCAAUGAAAAUUUUAAUUUUUUCAAAGAUUCAAUUUUUUUUCAAAAUAUUCAUGUUAAUUUUAGCUGAAUUCAAAAAUUUCCGAAGUUUCCGAGUUCUUCAAAGUUCUUCGGAUUUCCGCUUUCAAAAAUAUAUUUAAAAAAAACUGGAUCUCCUAAAUUUGCAAAAAAAUAUUUUUAAAAAUUCAAAUUUAUUGUUAGAUGUUUAUUGAAAAUAGUUUUCAAAUCCAUUCCACCAGGAUAAAAUAAAAAAAAAUAGGAUAAAAUAAAAAAUAAAAAAGUUUCAACAUUUUUCUGACACUUUAAAAUUUGAAAAAAAAAAGAUUUCAAAACAUUUUGUUUUUUUUCUUAAAUUCCUGGAUUCUUCGAAGUUUUCCUUCCCAAAUACAAUCUCCUCAAUCUCAAAUCAUUGCAGUGUUGUUCAAUUCUACAUCGGUCUACCAUUCCUCUGGUAUGAUUGGAAAUCCUAUGUAAUUCGAUCCUUCGACCUCUCUCGCGUUUUCAUGUUCAAAUGGACUGUUAAUUGGCGUUUCCUUCCAGUCGACAUAUUUCUCGACAAACGUUUUCAUGCCACACUUCUCAUUGGACAUUUAACACUUCUCGCACUCUUUGCAUUCAAUAUGUGGUAUCGAAAUACGGGAGGAAUUCGAUGGGGUUAUUUGGUGGGAAGAAUUCGAACGAUUACUGGAACUGCUGAGACAUUCUUCGCAUUCAGUACGGCUAAUCUGAUUGGAAUCGCGUUUUCGAGAAGUUUGCAUUAUCAGUUUUAUAGUUGGUAUUAUCAUCAGGUAAUUUUUUGUUUUGAGGGGGAAAACAGAAUAGAGAAAGUUAAGUUUUAGCUUCCAUUCCUGCUAUUUUUCAACUAUCCAAGAGACAUCAAAAAAGAAGAAAUUCCCUGGAAUUCAAUUAUUUGGAAAUGUGGUGUUCUCCUCCUCGUCGAAUUAUGCUGGAAUGUUUAUCCGUCAACUUGGUGGUCUUCUCUUCUUCUUCAUAUUCUCCAUGCUGGAAUUCUGACAUAUGUUGUUAAAACUAGAAUUUUGUUGUGAGUUUUGUUUGAAUCGGGGGAAACAUUGGUCUUGAAUCGUCAAAAUUCAAAGAGAAAAACCUGACAUUUGGCACCUCUUCAGAAUUUUCCAAAAAAGGAAAUUUUCAGCCAAAAUCUGAAACUUUCAAAAUUCCGAUUCAAAAACCAGAAAAAUCUAAUUUCAGACCGGAAGAUCGAGAACCAAUUCAUUACAACAUGUCACCUGAAGAAUAUAAAAUUUGGAAAAAUAUACUCGACAAAAAAUUGACCUGGAAUUCUGGAGGAGAUUUGCCUGAACUAACCUCCAAAAAAUAUCCUAAAAAGUUAUAUGUGAGUUUGAACUGAACUUUUCUCUCUUUUUAUUAUCAAUAUAUAUUUUCCAGUUCACACCAACGGGAGGAUUGCGAGUAACAAAUUGUGAUUAUGAAUCAGAUGAUUAUGAGGAUGAAACUGAUAAACGAGUUGUUCGUUUACUCAAAAAAUAUCGGAAAAUCAAAAAGAACAAAUUCAAACGAUACAAUCCGGAAGAUGAGGCUCUUCAUAAUAAUCUCGCUGAAAUUAUCAAAUAUUGCGAGGAACAUGAAUGUGAAGUUAUUCCGGAGGAGAAACGACCCAUUUAUAAAUUGGCUAACAAAUAA